GAAAAGAUAAAAAAAAAAGGUUAAAAUAACACGUCGGUUUGUUAAUAAUAAAACGAGUGUUAAUAACGCGAGUGACCGAUUAAUCGACUUCACUUGCCAGAAACGAUUAACUAAUUCGAGUCUAUCGAAAAUUGCCAAGUUGCCAACACCGGUAGAUUCUUGUCAACCCUGGAGGAUGUGCCGAUCUGCAUGCAUGGUGAAUUUAAAAGGAGCGAUCGGGGCGAACGAGUUAACCGACAAACAGUCCGGUCUUUACCGAGCUUUACUUGCAGAAUUUCUUGGUACAAUGCUGUUAAAUUUCUUCGGUUGUGGAUCGGUCGUAACGAAAAAUGUUGUGGCGAUAAGUCUUGCAUUUGGUUUGACCGUGGCUGCAGCAAUACAAUCGAUAGGGCACGUUUCCGGUGGUCACGUCAAUCCUGCUGUUACGUUUGGUUUAAUGAUCAUCGGAAAGGUACCGAUAGUUCGUGGAAUCCUUUACGUUUUAGCUCAAAGUGCAGGUGCUAUUGCUGGCUCAGCCGUAUUAAGGGCACUUUCAGCUGAAAGUAUGGAAGUCAGUCUCGGCGUGGUAUCCCUUGCAGAUGGGGUUACACCAGUUCAAGGUCUGGGAAUUGAAUUUUUUCUGGCAUUGAUACUGGUUAUGGUAGUCUGCGGUGCUUGCGACGGUGCGAAACCUGACAGUAAAGGAAUAGCACCAUUGCUGAUUGGACUUUCUGUUACCGUCGGACAUUUAGUUGGUGUUCCACGAACAGGUGCUGGAAUGAAUCCAGCUCGAUCAUUAGGAAGUUCUGUUGUUAUGGGUGCAUUCGAUGAUCAUUGGUUAUAUUGGGUUGGUCCUAUUCUGGGUGGACUUGCUGGGGGUUUGAUUUAUACUCAUGCUGUUGGUCCAGCAAAGAAAGAAGAUAUAUCUACGAGGCAAUAUGCGACCGUAGCCAUGGAAGAGAAAGAGAGGUUCGAGUACAUAGACAGCGGAAGAGGAGGACUCUAAACAACAAAUCGAGAGAGAACAGAAAAAAAGAAACAGAAAAAAAAAAUAGAAAAAAGCGAUACGUCAAAAAAGAAAAAAAAAUAUACACAAAAGAUAAUGAAUAUAACAAAAAAUAAAUAAAUAAAUAAAUAAACAAAUGAAUAAUGAUAAGAAAAAAAGAAAUGAAAACAAAAAAAGAAGAUAAUCGAGAUCAAUGAUAAAAAUACGAAAAACAUUGUUUUACAGCUCCAGAAUCUUACCGGAAGGAAGAACGUCCAUCCCGCUUGAGCAUCACUAAUUUAAUCAACUACUCUCAUGCCAAUUUACUAAACUCUUCCUUCUUUUUGUUUUUUUAUUAUUUAAUUUUUUUUUUUUUUAUACUCGCUGCCUUGAAAAACUAUCGACACGAACAAAUGAAGAUAUUGGGUUAACUGGUUAACUGCAUGUAAUAAUAAUCGUACGGAAUGACUCAUUGUGUAUGUGUAUGUAUAUAUAUAUAUAUAUAUAUAUAUAUAUAUAUAUAUAUAUAUAUAUAUAUAUAUUAUACAUAUAUAUAAUCCUUCGAAACUUACGAAUUAAUCGUAUCUAUUUCUUAUCUGACAUUUUGGGAAAAUUGAUAACAAUCGAGAGUUUACUAAUAUAAUAAUUUUGUAGGAAAAGAAGAAAUAAAAAAUCUAAAAAAAAGAGAACACUUAGACAGGCCAAAGACGAUUAACUAUAUAAUUAUGAAAUGCAUAUUGACACACUUGCGACAAUUUAGUUUUCACGAAUUAUAAUUUCGUUAAUUGUUAAUUAAUAAUCUCGAAUUAUCGUAUUACGGUUCUGUCCGCACACUCAACGCAUAUCCCAUGCCACGACUUAUCUAACGGCAUUGACGACAAUCAAAGAAAAACGAAAAUUAAAAAAAAAGAAUAAAAAAAUUAAAAAAAAAAAGAAAAAUAAGAAAAAGAAAAGAGAGAAAAAAAAAACGAUUUCGCCAAAC